AUGCCCACUUAUAAUCAAAAAUUGAUUUGUCGGCUGUUAAAUUCAUUGGAGGCAUUUACUGGCCUACUAUUCCGAAAAUAUGAACACCUUUUGUUACUUUUAAUUCAAGAAAUCAGCGGUGCUGCUGCCUUCUUCUCCGGCUUCAGAGGUUUGGCUCCAAGGAGAACUAGGCAUUUGCCGCCUUCUUCACCUCCCCAACCAGUUAGAUCUGGACCUAAUUACGAUCCAUCGGGUGUCCUUGACUCUUUUGCCGAACCCGAAACUUCGGCCGAUUAUACUUGGGGCUGGAACUACGAAGAAUUCCGCCGGAGAUUUGAUCCCGCUGUGCAGAGUCAAGGACUGCGUCGUUUACGCAAUCUCUUUUUUCCAUAUCUUGUAGAACUGCGCGCUCUUUCCAAGGCUGCGCCCUACCUUUCUCGGCUGUCUUAUUUCACUGGCUCCCCUGAGGGGGAUAAAGACACGCGAGAGGCCGUAUUUGAUUUGCUUAGCAUUAUCAGGUAG